AGGGAAUCUCCAUGCACCGCUGACUUCUCUGCAGACAGGCCAGCAGCCUCUCAGCUGAAGCAGGGGGAAACAGGCACCAUGGGCUCUAUGGAGAUGGAGUCAGAGGCUGCCAAGGAUGGAUUCUGGAUUAUACCAACUUCUUUCACCUACAAAGAACAUUAGGAUUCCACAGUUCAAUCAUGGACUACUUUUUGCCAUCCUUUUUAAAUGAGUAUAUAGUUUGUUCAUUCAGCUGUGUUAUCUUGGAGUUUUUCUAUGUCACAUUUUCUCUUUUGGAUCCUGGAUUCUUUUAUUAAGCUGUAUUUAUGGUCUUAAACUGGUUUUAGUGAAGAUCAGGGUUGUUACCUACAGCUUUGUAAGUGGCUUGCCCCAGUGGGGACCAACUCCAGCAUUUUAGCAUCCACUUUGGAGCAGCAAAAAAUCCAGUUCCCCACCACACUUGUCUCCCACCUCCUUUCUCCAAAUCCCAGGCUGCACCUCUUCCAUCCUGAUAGCACAGUCCAGAAAUCCUCCUGUCUGGAUGACUAAGGGAAGAAGUGCCAGAUACAUAGCAUGGCUCACUCCUUACACCCCUCUGGCUGGAGGGAGAUGACAAAUGGAGGAGGGCACCCCCACUUCAACAAUGGAGGCCAGAGCGGGGGUCCCCACAGCACCACACGCUACAUGCUGAAGAAACAGCACCGCCACAGACACAGGUCCUGCUCACCAAUGGGAAGGGUCAUUCUCAUCAAUGCACCUGUUGAUGGAGGAGAUGAGAGUGAAGACAUUCACACAGUGACAGUAGAUAAGAGUCCAGAUGGGCGUCUGGGUUUCAGUGUCCGCGGGGGCUCCGAACAUGGACUCGGCAUAUUUGUCAGCAAGGUGGAGGACGACAGCUCUGCAGCGCAGGCUGGGCUGACUGUGGGUGAUAAGCUGGUGGAGGUGAAUGGCGUCAGCCUGGAGAGCAUCACCAUGAGCAGCGCUGUGAAGGUCCUGACGGGCAACAACAGGCUGAGGAUGGUGGUGAGACGGGUGGGCAAGAUUCCCGGCAUCCGUUACUCCAAGGAGAAGACCACAUGGGUGGAUCUGAUUCACCGGCGGAUGGUGGUGGAGGAGAGCGGUCGCACACCGUCAGAGGCCAGCUCAGACAGCGCUCUCCGCAGAAUCGUGCAUCUCUUCACCACGUCAGAUGACUACUGUCUGGGCUUUAACAUAAGAGGAGGCAAAGAGUUCGGACUGGGAAUUUAUGUUUCUAAGUUGGACCCAGGUGGGCUUGCAGAACAGCAUGGCAUCAAAAUGGGUGAUCAAAUCCUUGCAGCCAACGGGGUCAGCUUUGAUGACAUCACCCAUAGCAAUGCAGUCGAGGUCCUGAAGAGCCACACCCAUGUCAUGUUGACCAUCAGGGAAGCUGGGAGAUACCCUGCAUACAAGGAGAUGGUGGCAGAAUACGGCUGGCUCGACCAAUUAGCCAAUGGGGGCCCUGCACCAUCCUCCCAGGGUUCAGACUCCAACUCUUCUGUCUCCUCGUUGUCCUCCAGCACCCCUCUCAGCUCCCUCAGUGGUCUCUCCCAGGUCCUUUUCCCUCCUGUCUUUGGCUCUGAGAUGGUAGACGUCGCCAUCUCCACAGAGGACCGCUCCCGACAUCCAAGCAGCGCAGAGCAAACUGCUGAUACCGCCAUACAGACUGACCCCCACCCUCCAAAUUACCUGGACCACCCCUCGCCUAGUGGGUCGUACCCCGACAGGCUGACUGCCACAGAAACCAGCCGGACUAUAGGUGCCACAUUGCUGCUGAAGGACACAGUCAUACGUGGGAAAGGGGAAGGUCCGAGGGAGAUGGGAGGAGCAGGGGAAGGAGGGCGAGGACGGACCAGGACGCUGUCAUCUGGGGACCAGGAAGUAGUGAAACACUCCCCUAAGACUGCAGCGCUGAUGGCCCUGAGCAGACCACGGAAGCCAAUCAGACGUUCCCAGAGCCACAUCACCAUGUCAGAGGACAGACAAAAGAAGAAGAGGCAACAGAAGCAGAAGAGCUCAGGAGAGGGUAAAACCAGCCUGCAGAGAUCUAAAACCUUUGUCAACCUGUUAUUUAAGAAAGACCGUAAAGACAAGAAUCGCUCCAAGUCACCGUCUCACAAUGCUGACAAAGAUAAGGAGGGGGAUCGUCACUUCCAGCUCUUGACCUCCCCAAGGGAAUCCCGUGCUGGGGUUAAAGACAGCAGCCCACUGCCCCGACCAGAGACCCUGCAGCAAGUGGAGGACAUGGCAAAAAAACUGCUCAUCCAGGAUGAGGUGGCUGCUGUAAUGAGACACUGUCAGCGGUUUUUGUCCGACAAUGUUAUUGAUGAUUUAGUACGUCCCCUUUUGGCAAUCUUGGACAGGCCAGAGAAACUACUACUUCUCAGAGAAAUAAGAAUGCUGAUACCUACUACUGAGUUGGGUCGUUUUGACAGCAUGGUCAUGCCCUUUGAGCUGGAAGCGUACGAUAUUCUAAAGAGUCGCUCUGUACGUUCUCCAGCUCUGCGCUCCCCUCGCGGUGGAACCCCUCGACGUCACCUCAUCACUCCAAUCCCAGACUACAGGGGUGGGUUCCACCUCCAGCCGGUCCAGGACACACUGCGGGAGCGUCAAUUGAUUGAGGAGUUGGAGAGACUACGCUUGUCCGGCCAUCAGUCCAGCCAUCUGCCUCCAUCACGUGCCUUCACCCCUCUCUUGGAUGUACCUGUGGACAACUACGCCUCCUCCACUGUGCACUCCCGCUCCCUGAGCCCCUCACCCACCCACAGCUCCCUCCUCACAGGAUCCCCACACAGCACCCAACGUGGGCACCAACCCCAACGCCCAAACAGAAGAGAGAACGGGGCAUCGCAGUAUGACAAGGUCUCCUUGUUGUCGGUGUCUGACAGAGGAGGCUCGUUCGUGGCUCCUGAACGUGGGAGGUCGCCUGUGAGGAAUGGCCGUGGGAGAGCGAGGAGGGAGAUGAGUCCUGACAGCAUAGAUGGCAGACUGAAUAGACAGGAGGGCUACACUGAGGUCAGUGUACAUGUUCCUUUGCGGCAGCGAGGGAGAACCCCUCUGGCUGAUGUAUUUGAGCCCCAGAGAGACAAGAGUCCAUCCAGAGGCAGAGCAAGCAGUCAGCAGCUAAAUGGACAUUCACAAAAUGCUCAUGGUGUGAAAAGAAGAGCAACUCUGGCACCUGAGGACUAUGAAAUCACCACUUUCACCAUCUCUAAAGCCAAGCAGUCCCUGGGUAUUAGUAUCUCUGGAGGUAUGGAGUCUAGAGUCCAGCCCAUGAUAAAGAUUGAGAAAAUCUUCCCUGGGGGAGCUGCAUCUACAAAUGAGGCCCUGAAGGCAGGGUAUGAGCUGUUGUCCGUGGACGGCGAGAGUCUGCAGGGAGUAACUCAUCAGCACGCCGUGGAUGUAAUUCGCCGCGCAUUCAGCAACAAGACCAAAGACCCGAUGGUUUUUGUGGUCAAGGUCCCCAAGGUCUCUACCACCCCAACUAGCCCCAGGAGAACUGCUGACUAACCUCUGUGUGCCUCACAGCCACACUGUACUGAGACAUGAAGGUCACCAAAAACCUGCAACUCCCGUGGGAGUGAAUAAACUACAGGUUUCACUCCAGAAGGGAAAAUAUGGGCCAGGUAGAUCUCUGGCCAUAGUGGAGAUAAAGGGAUGCACAGAAGCAUUUGUCCUAUGAAAGGCAGAGUUAUGACCAUAAGUAGCAGGAAACAUGUCAAAGAGAAAGGUGAACAAGCAGGUUUUUAAGACUUCAGUAGAUUAUUUAUCAGGAUAAAGAUUGUUAUAAAUCUCUUUUGCUACGAUGAAAUGUAAGAUAUUAAAUGUUGCAACUGCAAGACUUUCAUAACAUUCUUAGUGUUUUAAGCAAAUAUUUUACUAAACGCAUUCAUUGCACAUUAACUAGACAAAAAGUCAGUAAUAUCUGUUUUAUGAUAAGAUUGUGAGGUUCAUGAACUCCUCCUUGGUUGAAAUUGUGCCACUGUUCGAUGCGUGGCAACCUUGCCGUGACCUCCGAGCACCGUCUCAUUGUGGAGCCAGUGGUCUGCACUGUUGGAGCAUCUCAGCCCAGCAGCAGCCCCGUAGGCCUGCCAGAGGGAGAUUACCCCAGUCUGCGUUAUGAGAUUUAUAGAUUUAUACCCAGAUUAAACCCCUGUAUUAUGUCAAAACUGAUAGUUUGGGUUUAGUGGAUGUCUGGGGAGAUUAUUACAAAUUGCUGCUCAGUAUUUUUGUGCUGUUUUCUGGCAGAAGUGCUUGUGCUCUGGAGAAAUCCGCCACUUUAGAGGCUUAAUUACACCACGCUGUGGACUGAGUUUAUGUAGACAUGUGGAGGAGUUGGAAACACAUGUCAAUGAUAAAUGCAGGACAUGAAGGCCAGUGGCACAGUUUGAAUCAAAGUAGGGUAGAGGAGAUAUGGGCAGCAAGGUAACUGGAAUAUAGUGUGCAUAGUGCCUUACUUCUGCAGACGGCCAGUUAGGAAAACACUUUUACACAAAUUUUUCAUGAACUUGGUUUUGAUAAGUUCUAGAAAAGCUCAAGGUGAAAUGUUUCUAUUUAGACAUGCAAUUAAAUUUAAAGAUGAAAC